UUCUUCCUCAAUCCAUUUCAACUGUUGCAGAGAGAGAAAGAGAUUACUAUUAAUAAUUAAAUAAAGCAGAAGAUAUUUUCAUUACUUUGCCGACCGUACAUAAAAUAUCUUUCCCAAAAAAUUUCAUGACCGGAAAAAGGUCGAAAAGUACGAAAAAACCACCGCCUUUCUCCUCCAUUUCUUCACAUAUACCUUCCUAUCUGAGGCUAAAAUCGACUUAUCAUUUCUCGGUUCUCUGUCUUGGUCGGUCAACCGAUAAUCUUCAGCUCCGAUCACCAGCUCCGGUAACUGGUAGCCAUUGGUGAGAAAGUUUUGGGAUGUAAAUCGAGCUUAGUUUGAGUUGAAUCUGAGGUAGCAAACGAAAUGGAUCGAGGUCCGGGACCCUGUAUGGAUAUGCCGAUCAUGCACGACAGUGACCGGUAUGAUUUUGUUAAAGAUAUCGGGUCGGGUAACUUUGGCGUUGCGAGGUUGAUGACAGAUAAACAGACUAAAGAGCUAGUUGCUGUCAAGUAUAUCGAAAGAGGCGAUAAGAUAGAUGAAAACGUUCGGCGGGAGAUAAUCAAUCACAGGUCCCUGAGGCAUCCUAACAUAAUUAGAUUCAAAGAGGUGAUUCUGACGCCAACUCAUCUCGCUAUUGUGAUGGAAUAUGCAUCUGGUGGGGAGCUUUUUGAGAGAAUUUCUAAUGCAGGGCGCUUCAAUGAGGAUGAGGCUCGCUUCUUCUUCCAGCAACUUAUAUCUGGUGUCAGUUACUGCCAUUCCAUGCAAGUAUGUCAUCGGGACUUGAAGCUGGAAAAUACAUUGCUUGAUGGAAGCCCUGCUCCUCGGCUAAAAAUUUGUGAUUUUGGGUAUUCUAAGGUAAUAGGUUUGCCCCAUCAUACAAAAAUAAAUAUACAGCUGUAUAUAUGUAUUCCCCGGUUUCUUAAUCAUGACUUGCACUUUUUGCAGUCUGCUCUACUGCACUCACAGCCAAAAUCAACAGUGGGAACUCCUGCUUAUAUUGCACCAGAAGUUCUGUUGAGGAAAGAAUAUGAUGGCAAGAUUGCAGAUGUGUGGUCGUGUGGAGUGACAUUGUAUGUCAUGUUAGUGGGUGCUUAUCCUUUUGAGGAUCCUGAUGAACCAAAAGAUUUUCGGAAGACGAUCAAUAGAAUCCUGAGUGUGCAAUAUUCUAUGCCUGAGAACAUUCAGAUAACUGAGGAAUGUCGCCACUUAAUCUCAAGGAUCUUUGUUGGAGAUCCAGCACAGAGGAUCACGAUGCCUGAAAUCAGAAAUCAUGUAUGGUUUUUGAAGAAUCUUCCAGCAGACUUAAUAGACGAUAGGAUGAUUAGUGACCAGUUUGAAGAGCCCGAUCAGCCAAUGCAGAGCAUAGAUACGAUCAUGCAAAUAAUCUCAGAGGCAACAGUACCACCAAUUGGCUUGUAUAACUUGGAAAUGAUGGACGAUGACAUGGAUGACUUGGAUUCAGAGCCUGAUCUUGAUAUUGAUAGCAGCGGGGAGAUCAUAUAUGCAAUGUGAAUGUAUGCCAUGCUUGUGAAAAGGAAGUCGUAUCUGCAAUCUUACGAGAACAUUUCUGGACUUGUUUGUGUGCAAGGCUUAGAGAUUAUUGAAUGCUCAGCAACAAGAACAUGGGGGUAUUUACAAUGUUUGUAAUUAGUUGAGUUCUUAUCCUGGAAGGGGCUUCUAGUCUGCCCAUGAAUUAUUUCUUCUAUCACCAUAGGAGAAAUUGGCUGAAAAAGUAAUGCAGUUUUCAUACUUGAGUUCAUAAUCUCUUUAUAAUGUCACACAGUGAAGUGAAGUUCUUUUGUAACUCUGUUGUACUUGCUUAUAUGCAUUUGUGUAGAAACAAACCAUGUGCUGCUCUUUCUGGUCGUGAGUUGAGAUGCUUAUAGUUUUGGGUCUUGUGUAUGAUGAUGUUGUUUGCACAGAA